AUAUAAUUACCAUGUAGAUAAUCGUAGAGCUUUCCUUUUUGAGGAUUCGACCACCUAGGACUUCCAAUCCUAGUUCUCUCAUGUCAUAGUCUUCUGUUAAAGUUGUAACUGUUUGAUUUUAGCAUACUAAAUCUCUAUCAACUCUGUUAGGCGUACUAUAUACAGGAGAAAAAUGCCAUAAAUUAUUUUUAAAUACAAUUUUGGACCUGACCAGUUAAUUAUUUCAGCUACUCCAUGCAAAGACAAAUCAGUUGCUAGAAAUACAAUGUCUUCGUUUAGGAGAACCAUAGACGAUGGUGAUGAUGAGGAUGAUGAUGAGUUGAAGUAUCAACGGGAUGAAUUAGUCGAUUUUGAAACUCAUAAUGCCAAUACAAACCCAUCCAAUACUAAAAAAGAGGAGAGAUUAGUCAAUUUGAUUUUAGAUCAUACUGCUUUCAUACGUGGGAUAGGUAAUGUUAAAAGAUGGUUUAAUGAUGAAUAUGUCAAGACUAAUAUGAAUACCAGUAAAGGUUCCAUAACCUUAAAUAUUUAUAUCCCUUCUUAUACUUUACAUGAAUUUGAUUUCGCAAAGAAAGGAAUGUCAAUGCUGGCAUCCAAUGCAAGAGAAGCUUUAAGAUUCAUUGAUAAAUUCAUUGAAUCAGAAGGUGAACCCAAGGAGAAUACAACGAAUCCCAUCUCAUACAACUUAAUAAUCGAAGGUCCGGGUGAAACCGUUGAAUGGAAAGAAUGUCUUAGGUAUAAAGUUCAUUCUCCAAAAGUUAAAGAAUUUCCUAAUUUUAAAACUAAAUUUGAUUAUUCAGCCAUUAGUCAAUCAUAUGCUCAUAAUACCAAUGCAAAUUCAGAUGAUUUCAAUAGUAGUUUAUCCUUAAGAGAUAGUAACAAGAGAAAUGAUAUUCAAUAUGAAAAUUCAGAAUCAUAUCAAAAUGCUCUUAGUCAUUCUGAUAAUUUUGCUGAAAUGCCAACUCGAUUACGUUAUUUACUCAGGAAUUGUAUUUAUAAACGAUUUGUGGAAAAGAAUAAACAUUCCAAUGAAUUAGAAGAUUGGAAACUUGUGACUGAAGAUCCUAUUACUAAAAUUUGGGCCAAGAGUUUUGGAAUCGAUUGUGUUAAUGUUAAUGAAGCUGAAUUAUUAAUGUUUCAAAAUUAUGAUGUCAAUAAGUUUAAACAUUAUAAUAAUUUCUCAAUGGAAGAAGAAUAUGAUCCAUUUAAUGAUAUUUUACAAAACACAGUUGAUGCAACCGCUUAUUCAUAUGCAAAUAUAUCAGACGUUACCCCAGCUCCCAAUGUCACUGGAAAGAAAAACAGACCCGUUCCAAUCCGUAAUAGAGUUGAAGGGGUGGUGAAUGUACAACCAUCAAAUAUUACAGGUGAAUAUGUUUCAAAGGAAAGAUUUGACGCUAUAAAUUUUGCUCCUAGAGGUCGUGGACAAUUAUGGAGACCAGGAUCUUGAUCUUUAAUUCGUUUGAAUGUUCUAUUUAGGUAGAACUCAAGAGUAUCACACAAAGACUACUUAUGUUUUAUGACAAGUUGAAAGGGGAAUAGUAAUUGUUUAUCAUUAUUUCCAUUUUAUAAAUUUUGCACGAUAAGACGGGGGUCCAACAUGAAAAGCGACUAUCCUGUUAACAGAUUGGUUUCAACAAUUACAACCAGGGUUUUAAAUUCAUUGCAACAGAUGCAGUUUAUCGAACUCC